UCGUUAACACCCAGGGCAUAUUUUCUUCCAUCACUUGCUUGUUUAGCCAGUGCUUAGCUCAAAAUUUAAAUUUAAAAAAAAUGUCUCACAUUUAUAAAAUUUUAGUUGGUUUAUUUUUUAUAUUCUUCUUGUGCAAGCUUUCCGAAGCCGCAAUCUGUAGCAAGUUCAUGCUAGGUGGACCUUGUGCCCUGGUCCAGGGAACGACGACCACCACGACUAAAGCACCGGCACCACCAGACAGCGCUUACUGUCUACUAGUAUGUGCACAGGGGCAUGACGAUGUAUUCGCCACCUACUGCAACUGUGCAGCUACGACAACAACAACAACGACAACAACGACAACAACAACACCACGACCAGAGACGUGCUACUACACGAGAAACAGACCAGCCCGGCUCCAGACCGUGGCGAAGAGAAUGUUCGCGGCUACAGACAUCGCCACGGAGUGCGAGUAUCCGGGAGUUGUCGGCCUUUACAAAGACCCGGAUGGUGCAAGUGAAAGUAUCAUGUGUAUGGGCACUCUGUUGGAAGAGGACAAAAUACUGAUUGACGGCUCCUGUUUACAAAUGGCUCAGAGUGUACAGCUCUACGCCCUGGUCGAGUCCUACAACCAGACAGAUGUCUCAACAUCAUCUCCUGUUGUUCUUGCUAACACAGCUCAGAAGUUAGAUCCAACCCAGUCAAGCAGCCUACUGUACACCGUCUCACUGAGCCAGCCCGUUGUGUUUGACGCCGGGUGUGUCCAGCCGGCCUGUGUCCCUAACGCCAACAUCCUCACCUCCCAGAUCGACUUCAACGACUGCCGGUUUGUGGGCUACGGCGACACCACUGACACCAUGUCGUCAUCAAGCAAAACGCUCCUGGAGGUGAAGGUCAAGGUCAACGCCGGCAGCAUCUGUUCCAGAAAUUUUACCUUCACCCGGGCCGAUGGGAAAACAACAAAAACGGGACCUUGUAUGAGUGAUCAGGGGGCGCCACUGAUCUGUAGUCAUUUAGAAACCAAGGAAUGGAUCACCGUUGGUGUCACCAUACAGGUGGCGUUCACGUGUUCAUCAGCUGGCUUCCGGCCGUAGCGACCAGUCUUUUAGCAGAUAACAUUGUACACAACUUUUACGACGGGCUGCAGACAACCAAGUACAUCCCUACAUAGUAGCCAAGACAGGUACAACGGCCAUCACGUGACUUGCGGUGUGUCACAUUCCGGUGAAGUCAAAUUCAACUUACGAUGCUAUUUAACUUUA